AUGAGACUGAACAGACUGAACAGACUGAACAGACUGAAUAAACUGAAUAAACUGAAUAAACUGAAGAAACUGAAGAAACUGAAGAAACUGAAGAAACUGAAGAAACUGAAGAGACUGAAGAGACUGAAGAGACUGAAGAGACUGAAGAGACUGAAGAGACUGAAGAGACUGAAGAGACUGAAGAGACUGAAGAGACUGAAGAGACUGAAGAGACUGAAUAGACUGAAUAGACCAAAUACAUCAAAUACAUCAAACACAUCAAAUACAUCAAACACACCAAAUAUACCAAAUAUACCAAAUACACCAAACACCAUAAACCAAACUCAAUAA